AUAACCGUGUUUUUGUGUUGUGCUCCCUCCUCAGCCGCCAUGGCCAAUCUAGAGCAGUGGGUGAAUGACCGUCUCCAUGACAUCCUGGGUUUGAGUGACAGAUAUGUGUCUCAAUUCAUGAUCGGCAUUGCGCGGAAAUCAUCGAGUUCUCAAGACUUUGUGACUCGUCUGGAGGAGACGGGCACGAUUGACAUCGAACCGAGCGUGGUGACGUUUGCGCAAGAGCUCUUCGACAAGAUUCCUCGCAAGCAAGUCGUCGAGAAACCAGCCCGGGCGUUGGAACGGGAAGCCAUUGAGAUGGACAAGAAGAAUCGGACGUACACGUUACUGGAGGACAGCGACAGCGACGGAGAAGCUGUGCAGGAAAAGGAGAAAGGGAAAAAGAAAAAGGACAAAGACAGAGGAAACAGGAGGAAGCACAUCAGGAAGAAGAAACAAAGUGCGUCGUCGAGUGAGGACGAAGCACCUAAAAGAGUUGAUGAGGGCCACGAGUCUCCCAAAAAGGAGGAGGAGGAGGAGGAAGAGUGGGAGAAGGAAGAGAGAGAGCGACAGCAGGACAUUGAAGAGAGAGAUGCGUUUGCUGAGCGAGUGAAGCUGAAAGACAAAGACAAGACCCGUAACAUAACGGAGAGGACGGACAAAAAGGCUUAUGAGGAAGCUCAGAAGAGGCUGAAGAUGGCUGAAGACGAUCAGAAGAACAUGUUGCCAGAGCUGAGGAAGCGCUCUCGCUGGGAUUACCUCAAGAAGAGAGAGUCCGAGAAGCUGGAGGACCUGGAGGCUGAGAUCAAAGACGACGAGUACCUUUUCCACACAGAGGAGCUGACGGAGAGGGAGAAAAAAGAGCUGGAAUACAAACGCACCCUGCGGGACCUGGCCAAGGAUUACAAGUCGGCCGGUAUCAAGGAACACGAGGAGAGGAAGAACCGAUACUACAUGCCGGAAGAGAAGAGAAGCAAGGAGGUGCCGCAGAGGGACCUGGAGCUGGAGGAAACCCCCAUGGAGCUGGGAGGGGAGCAAGGCCGCUGGGAGGAGGAGAGGCUGAAGACGGCCUCCCUCAGCUUUGGCGCCAAGAGGGAGCGAGAGCAAGGGAUGAGGAGGGAGCAGGAGAGGUACCAGCUGAUCCUGGAGGAGGAGGAGAUGAUCGAAUUUGUCAGCACUGCCAUGACCAUGAAGGGAACUCGGACGGAGGAGGAGCAGGAGGCCCUGGCGCUGUCCCAGGCGGAGCUGAAGAAGCAGUCCAUGCAGGAGGUCCGCCGCAGCCUCCCCAUCUUCCCCUACAGAGAGGACCUGCUCGCCGCCAUCAACCAGCACCAGAUUCUAGUCAUCGAGGGGGAGACGGGCUCGGGAAAGACCACUCAGAUCCCUCAGUACCUCCUGGAAGACGGCUACACGAAAGGAGGCAUGAAGAUCGGAUGCACGCAGCCUCGCAGAGUGGCAGCCAUGUCAGUGGCGUCCCGGGUGGCACAGGAGAUGAGCGUCAAGCUCGGGAACGAGGUGGGCUACAGUAUUCGCUUUGAGGACUGCACAUCAGAGAGGACGGUGCUGAAGUACAUGACGGACGGCAUGCUGCUCCGAGAGUUUCUCACCGAGCCGGACCUGGCCAGCUACAGCGUGGUCAUCAUCGACGAAGCCCACGAGCGAACGCUCCACACGGACAUCCUGUUCGGUCUGAUCAAGGACAUCGCCAGGUUCAGGUCGGACCUGAAGGUGCUGGUGGCGAGCGCCACUCUGGACACGGAGCGCUUCUCCUGCUUCUUUGACGACGCGCCCGUCUUCAGGAUCCCCGGCAGGAGGUUCCCCGUCGAUAUUUUCUACACCAAAGCCCCGGAGGCCGACUACCUGGAAGCUUGCGUGGUGUCGGUGCUGCAGAUCCACGUCACGCAGCCCACCGGAGACGUACUGGUGUUCCUCACUGGACAGGAGGAGAUUGAGACGUGUUGCGAGCUGCUCCAGGAGCGAUGCAGGCGACUGGGAUCUAAGAUCGCGGAGCUGCUGGUCCUCCCCAUCUACGCCAACCUGCCGUCCGACAUGCAGGCGAAGAUCUUCAACCCCACCCCCCCGGGGGCCCGCAAGGUGGUGGUGGCUACCAACAUAGCGGAAACCUCGCUGACCAUAGACGGCAUCAUCUACGUCAUCGACCCGGGCUUCUGCAAGCAGAAGAGCUACAACGCGCGCACCGGCAUGGAGUCGCUCAUCGUCACGCCGUGCUCGCGGGCUUCGGCCAACCAGAGGGCAGGCCGCGCAGGCAGAGUGGCUGCUGGGAAAUGCUUCAGGCUUUACACAGCCUGGGCCUUCAAACACGAGAUGGAGGAAACGACGGUGCCCGAGAUUCAGAGGACCAACUUGGGAAAUGUGGUCCUCCUGCUGAAGAGUUUGGGAAUCAACGACCUCAUUCACUUCGACUUCAUGGACCCACCCCCUCACGAGACUCUGGUCUUGGCGCUGGAGCAGCUCUACGCCCUGGGAGCACUGAACCACCUGGGAGAGCUCACCAAGCUGGGCCGCAGGAUGGCCGAGCUCCCGGUGGACCCCAUGCUGAGCAAGAUGGUCCUGGCCUCCGAGCAGUACAAGUGUUCCGAGGAGGUGUUGACGAUAGCCGCCAUGCUGUCCGUGAACAACUCCAUCUUCUACCGGCCCAAAGACAAGGUGGUGCACGCCGACAACGCCAGGAUGAACUUUGUGGUGCCGGGAGGAGACCACCUGGUGCUGCUCAACGUCUACACGCAGUGGUUGGAGAGCGGUUACUCCACGCAGUGGUGCUACGAGAACUUCAUCCAGUUCCGCUCCAUGAGGAGAGCCCGGGACGUCCGGGACCAGCUGGAGGGUCUGAUGGAGCGCAUCGAGGUGGAGGUGGUGAGCUCUCAGGGAGACAGCUUGCCCAUUCGCAAGGGAGGCGGGAGAGAACAAACGCGGGGCGAGUGGAUGCUUCCUGGAACAAGAGCGUUGUACCAAGACGCACGUCCUAUCAGGGCCCACGUGUUGGGAACGCACCCCUGAGGCACUUGAGAUAAGACGGGUGUUGGUUUUACUAGUCCGGUUCCACGCCGUUUUUCAUCUGUUAUGACUCAAAGGUCGAUAAUUGAACCGAUAGCUGACUGAUAUCUUUGGAAGCUUUGUCAUUUCAGAGGAUCUCGUUGCUUAUAUUUCUUUAUUCUAAACAUUUAGCUUUAGUGGCCCUCUGUGUGAGCCAGUAAGUGUAAGCGGAAUGACAGACAGAGAUUUGCUGUUUCCAGACAAAAGAUGCAGCUUGGGUGUGACGGAUGGUGUCAGUCAGCCCUGGUUUUAGUUUGCGCUGUCCCGUUUAAGGGUUAGGUCCCUGAACGCACCCAACGUCACCUGGCCGGGGCUCAAGCCGGUGAGGACAGUUCUUGGGCUUCUGUGAAAACAAGGUUGGGAAUGCAGGUCCGCCUGUGGGUUUGUGAAAGAAUCUGUGUGCAAAUCUCACACGAAACUCCCCUUUACCUCAAAGCUGGGGGGGGGCUCUGUGCUCCAAUAACUGAUACUGUUGCGCCACCGUGCAACCCUGUACUGCCCCCUCCACCCCCUCCCCUCGAUUAGGACAAAAAAUUUAAAAUGCAGUUUUUCUUGAGACUCUUGUUUUUAACUGGUUUGUGACCAAACGCGAACUUCAUGGAGGU